AUGGCAGUGCUUUUGCUGUUGGGGACUAGCCAGAUGGUUCAUAAGACAACCAUUCAAACACACCUAAGCUGUUCCCACAGAUUAGCCAUCAAUUGUUAGCAAGAUCUCUCACUUCCUUUAUAUUGAUUUAUGGCAGCAAUGGAAAUAUACCACCUCACCCAGAGAACACGCCUCCUUCCAGCUAGGAAACUAUAAAUGUCAAGGUGUUUUUACUCAGAUUGAGAAGAACCCAGCAAAAUGGGGAUCUCCACAGACAUCCUUGAAAUUUGUCUUUUGUUGGGUCAAGUUCUAUCUACAGUAACAGUGGGAAACACCAUGGGAACCACUUCCAGGGAGACACAGACGCCAACUGGGACCGAGUCGGGUUUGGCCCUGAGGCUGGUGAAUGGAGGUGACCGGUGUCAGGGCCGGGUGGAGGUCCUGUACCGAGGCUCGUGGGGCACCGUGUGCGACGACGACUGGGACACCAACGAUGCCAACGUGGUGUGCCGGCAGCUGGGCUGUGGCUGGGCCACGUCGGCCCCGGGAAGUGCCCGCUUCGGUCAGGGCUCGGGGCCGAUUGUCCUGGACAACGUGCGCUGCUCAGGCCAGGAGUCCUACCUGUGGAGCUGCGCCCACAACGGCUGGAACAACCACAACUGUGGUCACCACGAGGAUGCCGGUGUCGUCUGCUCAGAUGCUCAAACCUCUUCCCCUAUCCCAGAUUGGUGGCACCCAUCGCCUACAAGCACUGAGGACACCAGGCCCACUGCUACCCAAGAUGUGACAUCACCACCAGAUGCUCUAAUCUCUUCCCCUAUCCCAGAUUGGUGGCACCCAUCGCCUACAAGCACUGAGGGACACUCUUCAAAUUGUGGUGGCUUCUUAUUCCAUGCCAGUGGGACAUUUUCCAGCCCGUCCUAUCCUGGAUAUUACCCCAACAACGCGGAGUGUGUCUGGGAGAUAGACGUGAACUCUAGCUAUCGCAUAAACCUGGGCUUCAACCAUCUGCAGCUGGAGAUACACAGUAAUUGCAAUUAUGAUUAUGUUGAAAUCUUUGAUGGAUCACUCAAUAGCAAUAAUUUGCUGGGGAAAAUUUGUAAUGGCACCAGGCAAAUAUUCACAUCUUCUUCCAACCGAAUGAUUGUUCGAUUCCGAAGUGAUGUCACUGUCCAAAACACUGGCUUUUCUGCUUGGUAUAACUCCUUUCCAAGAGACGCCAGCUUGAGAUUAGUCAACUUCACCUCCUCCUCUGGUGCAUGUGCCGGGCGUGUGGAAAUUUACCAUGGUGGCAACUGGGGGACAGUUUGUGAUGAUUCCUGGGACAUUCAGGAUGCCCAGGUGGUCUGCAGACAGCUGGGGUGCGGUGAUGCAGUAUCAGCCCUGGGAAACGCCUAUUUUGGCUCUGGCUCUGGCCCCAUCACCCUGGACGACGUGGUGUGCUCAGGAACGGAAUCUACUCUCUGGCAGUGCCGGAACCGAGGCUGGUUCUCCCAUAAUUGCACCCACCACGAAGAUGCUGGAGUCAUUUGCUCAGGACAAUAUGCAACGACCCCUGCUCCUGUUUACAACAUCACCCUUCCAACCACAAAUUAUUCCUGCGGAGGCUUCCUGUCCCAACCUUCAGGGCACUUUUCCAGCCCAUCCUACCCUGGGAACUAUCCGAACAACGCCAAAUGUGUCUGGGACAUUGAAGUCCAAAACAACUACCGCGUGACUGUCGUCUUCAGAGACGUCCAGCUGGAAGGCGGCUGUAACUACGAUUACAUUGAAGUGUUCGACGGCCCCCACCACAGUUCCCCUCUCAUUGCGCGGGUCUGUGAUGGGGCGAGGGGCUCCUUCAGUUCGUCCUCGAACUUCCUGUCCGUUCGCUUUGUCAGCGACGGCAGUGUCACAAAGAAAGGCUUCCAGGCCGACUACUACUCUCAUCCUUCCAAUGACAGCACUGAGCUGCUUUGUCUGCCGGAUCGCAUGCAAGCCAGCGUGAGCAGGAGCUACCUCCAGUCCCUGGGCUAUUCUGCCCGGGACCUUGUCAUUCCCAGCUCGGGUGGGAGCAGCCAGUGUCGGCCCCAGAUAACGUCGAGCCAGGUGACAUUCACAAUUCCCUACUCAGGCUGCGGCACCAUGGAGCAGGUAGAUAAUGAUACCAUCACCUAUUCCAACGUCCUCAAAGCAGCUGUUUCAAGCGGCAUCAUCAAGAGGAAGAAGGACCUGCACAUUCACGUCAGCUGCAAGAUGCUCCAGGACACCUGGGUUGAGACGAUGUACAUCGCUAAUGACACCAUCGAGGUCACGGAAAUCCAGUAUGGCAACUUUGAUGUGAACAUUUCCUUUUAUACAUCCUCUUCAUUCUCCAAUCGUGUGACCAGCAGCCCGUACUAUGUGGACCUGGACCAGAAUUUGUACCUUCAGGCUGAAAUCCUCCAUUCCGACACCUCCUUGGACUUGUUUGUGGACACCUGCGUGGCUUCGCCAUAUUCCAGUGACUUUACGUCUCUGACUUAUGACCUAAUCCGGAGCGGGUGUGUGAAGGACGUGACCUAUCAAACUUUGCCCCGGCCGUCGCCCCGCGUCGCCCGCUUCAAGUUCAGCUCCUUCCACUUCCUGAACCGCUUCCCCUCCGUGUACCUGCAGUGUAGGAUGGUGGCGUGCAGGGCGUACGACUACUCCUCCCGCUGCCACAGGGGCUGUGUGGUGAGGUCCAAGAGGGACGUAGGCUCCUACCAGGAGAAGGUGGACGUCGUCCUGGGCCCCAUCCAGCUGCAGGCCCCCAGUGCUGAGAAGAGAAGCCUGGACCUGUCGGUGGCUGACGUGGAGGAGCAAGCCAGCACCCAGGGGAGCUACCACAGUGUUGCCAUCUCUGCUGGGGUCUUCCUGGUCGUGGUCCUGGUUGUGGCAGCCUUCAUAAUGGGGAGGAACACCAGCGCCACCAGUGGCCAUCCUUGGAGCUCUAAGAUGUGAAGCCAGGAGAACACGCACAGCACUCAGUCAUUGACCCCAUAUACUUCGGUACCCACGACAAAGGAAGAAAUGAGUGCCCAGACCUUGGCACCCAGCAGCACCCCACCUCUGUCCACUCUGGCCCAGGCACAUGGAGGGGUGGGUUGAGGUGGGGCAAAAAGAUGGGAGCAGGUUUCCCAGGAACACAAGUUCGGUGCUGAGACAAAAUGUCAGGCAAGCAGGAGCCGGUGUCUAAAAUCCUGCAUGCAGCUGUGAGCCGAAGUUUCUCUGUAGUAGUAGCAGCCGAGCUUUCUCUGAUUGACUUGCUAUUCUGAUCUUUAUAAACCAGCUUCUCAGGCCUGUAGUGUAGAUCUUAGCUUUCCCAUUUAUAGCACAAACUGAAUAAAGAGCUUUUUUCUACGCAA